GGGAAAAACCAUUUGAUCCCUUAUACAAAAUGUCCCAUACAUGAAUGAAUGCUAGAUAUAAUAAUGUAUUGAAUAAGAAUAUAUUUUUUUUUAUUUCUUCAAGUUUUUUUCUUUCUUGUUUAAUUUUUAUGCGGCCGCUGGUUUCAUUAAUUUGUAUGUUGUUUAUGCAGAAUCUUGAAAAGGGAGAAUAAAAAGGAAGAAGAAAUUAUUUGAAGAUUAUAUACUGAGGAGAAGAUCAAUAUGUUACAAAGGGCCGCAAGCAAUGCCUACUCAUGGUGGUGGGCAAGCCACAUUAGGACCAAGCAAUCUAAAUGGCUUGAAGAGAGCCUACAAGAUGAGAUGAAUGCAGAUAUGGAGGAAAAGGUGCAGCACAUGCUUGUUCUGAUCCAAGAAGAUGGGGAUUCAUUUGCAAAAAGAGCAGAGAUGUACUACAAGAGAAGACCAGAGCUCAUAAACUUUGUGGAGGAAUCUUACAGGGGUUUCAGAUCUCUAGCUGAGAGGUAUGACAAGUUGUCCAAGGAUUUGCAGAGCGUGAACCACACACUCGCCACUCUCUGUCCUGAGCAGUUCCAGCUGGACAUGGACGAAGACGACGAAUACGGGUCCCCCAAGCCCCCUCCUCGCAAGAACUUCCCUCGCCAGAACCCCAAGAAUGUCCCCAAGGUUCCAAAGGCUCCCAGCAAGAAGAAGCUGAAGGUGAUCAUAACCACAGCAACUGUCCCCAACAAGCUGCAGACCAAGAAACCGGCGGAGGUGGUGGUUGCGAAAAAAGCUCCUCCCAAAUCCGGCCUCACCAUCACGCAGGCAACUGAAGAGGUGGACAGGCUUCAGAAGGACAUUCUGAAACUGCAAACUGCGAAAGAGUUUGUGAAGAGCUCGUACCAGAGUGGGCUUGCCAAGUGCCGGGCGAUUGAGGACCAGAUCUCAGAAAUGCAGCAGAGGGUCUGUGCCCUGCAGGACGAGUUUGGAGUGACGAAAGCCAUUGAGGAUGAUGUGGCGCGCACUUUGAUGGCCGAAAUGGCGCUGAAAUCUUGCAGGGAGACGCUGGCUCAGUUGCAGGAGAGGCAGGAGAGAGCAUCGCGGGAGGCAAGAGAGGAGUACAAGAAGAUUGGAGAUUGUUAUGCUGCUCACAUUGGGCUGAAAAACCCUCAAAAAAGUGAUGACAAAAGGAAUGAGAGGAAUAGCCUCGUGUGCGAGUCAGGAAGCUCAAGUCAAGAAGUUUGUUGUGAUGCCAUGGAAGAGUCGUUGCGACCGCUGGAUUGUGGGGACUCCAUGGGAGCUCUGACUGUCACUGAACUAGUGGAGAAGAUUGAUGAGCUUGUGAACAAAGUAGUAGACCUGGAAAACACAAUUUCUGCUCAAACACUUGAAAUUGACAGAUUGAAAGAGGAAGCCAAUGAUUUUCAAACAAAGGCCGGGACCUUGAAGGAGGAGAACGAUAAGACAGAAACCGCCAAAGAAAAUCAAAUGAAUGAGAUGGAGAAGAAAUGGAAGGACAUUCAGAAUCUAAACCAAGGCCUUGAAAAGCAAAGAAGCAGCCUUCGGAAACAAAUUGCCGAGGCAAGUUGGAAUCUCGACCAUUUGUCUGAGAAACUAAAAAAUGUGAAACCGGACGAGGAAGAGGAAGACGAGGAGGAGCUUGAGGGUACAGAUUCACCACAGAGUGAAGCUGAAUCUCUCACUGAGUUCCAACCAAAGGAAAACAUGGGGGGAAAACCAGACACUCUGGAAGAUUCUGGUGCAUGUGCCUUAAACUCCACUUCCACUGAAAGAAAAGAAGGGGAAGAAGUUAGUAUAGCUCCAAACACAGUUGUUAUUAAAAAUGAAGAGGAGGAAGGUGUAAAGUCUGAAAGCGAACAUUUGUCGUCUGUGGCCAGAACACCAGCACAGAAGGUCGAGACAAGUGGUUCGCCUGGGUCUGAAGAUAAUGGAUUGAAAAAUGUCUUGAAUAUAGACUUGGAUAAGGAUGAUGAGCAAAACUGGCGGGAGAUGUUGUUGAAUGGGAUGAGGGACAAAGAAAAAGCUAUACUGAAAGAAUAUACAACAGUUCUCAGGAAUUACAAAGAGCUCAAGAAGAAGUUGACAGAGAUAGAGAAGAAAGAUAGAGACAAUGAAUUUGAAUUCACUUUGCAGAUCAGCGAGUUGAAAAGUGCGAUCGCAAAGAGGGAUGAAGAAAUACAACAGUUGCGUCAGAGGGUGAAUGUUUCGCUGUCACCAGAUGGUGGUGCUGAAAAGAAAGAACCAAGCGAAAGUACGGCUAAAGAACAAGAAUCAAGAACAGAGUCCUCAAAAGCAAGGGAAGAAGAUUCAGAGAGACCUCAGACAAAGGAUGACGAAGAUGGAUUCAUGUUGCCCGCCUUGAUUAACAAACCUGUUCACGUCUCACCUGUUGAAGAAAAGCUACGUGGGGAAAUUGAUGCAAUCCUAGACGAAAACUUGGAUUUCUGGUUACGGUUCAGCUCUUCCUUUCAUCAGAUACAGAAAUUCAAGACAACGGUCCAAGAUCUGCAGCAUGAAUUGUCGAAAGUCAAAGAAAAGAAGACACAAGAAAACAGUGCCCACUCACAGGAUCUAAGAUCAGAGGUUCGACCCAUAUUCAAACACCUUAGGGAGAUACACACUGAACUGACCGUCUGGCUAGACCAAAGCGGGUCACUUAAGGAUGAGCUGAAACGCAGAUCGUCGUCUUUGUGCCACAUUCAGGAGGAAAUCACAAUAGCUCUAAGAGAAGGAGUGGAAGGUGAAGAGAUCCAAUUCAGCAGUCAUCAAGCUGCUAAGUUCCAAGGCGAGGUCCUAAACAUGAAGCAAGAAAACAACAAAGUUAGAGAGGAGCUGCAAGCAGGUGUGGAUCAUGUAACCAUACUUCAAUUGGAAGUUGAGAAGACACUAAAGAAGUUGGGACAUGAAUUUGGUCUUUCUGGAGGAAACCCACAACUGAAACAUUCAGCGAGUCGAUCAAAAAUUCCUCUGGGGUCAUUCAUUUUCGGAAACAAACCAAAGAAGCACAAGAAAUCUGUUUUUUCAUGCAUUCACCCGAACAAAAAGUACCAGGUCUUGAGAGCUGUUAUAGAUCUUUAGCUCUUUGGUCUUUUCACUUUUAGCCUCCACAAACUCAUUCUGCUAGUGGAGCCUCACAUUAUGUACAAAUGGGAAAUCAGUUGUUUCUUUCCUGAAAGUUUUCCCUCUCUUUUUCAUAAUUUCGAACACAUUUAGAUACUGAAAAUGUCAACAGCAAGGUUCGCCUGUAGUGAGAUUAGAUAACACUUUUGAGAGUUUGCAUUCUUAACAUUCCACAUUUCCACAAUAUUCGCAAUGACUUGAACUAAUUAGAGAAGCACGUUUUAAAUCUCAUUAUGUUUCUGUUCUAAUAAUAUGAAAGAGUAUCU